AUGGACCCAAACAGCUCAGGCUCUGCCCGUUGGCAGGAGGCACGCAAUGCUGAGGGCCGUGUCUAUUACUACGAUCUACAGACAAAAGCUACACAAUGGAAUAAGCCUCAAGAAUUGAUGACUCCAGUUGAGCUUGCGCUGGCGAAUCAACCAUGGAAAGAAUACACCACUGAUGCUGGGCGCAAAUACUGGUACAACGGGGAAAGCAAGCAGAGCACCUGGGAAAUCCCGGAGGUUUACAAAGAUGCGCUUGCGCAAGCACCUGCUGCCAUCCCACCCCCCGUCGCUGCACCCUCCUUUGUUGCCGGUGGCACCUCUUACCCCCCUCAAUCCCACCACCGUGAGCGCGACAACUUUGAUCGUGGUGAACGCGGAGAUCGCGGAGAUCGUGGGGACCGAGGAUACAACGACCGAAGAGGUGGAUACGGAGGAUACGAUUCCGGCAGCAUGGGAGCCGCCCCAGAUUUCAAGUCUUCAAAUGACCCUGAUUACCAUUCCCUCGAGGAGGCAGAAAGCGCCUUCAUGAAGUUGCUCAAGCGACACAAUGUGCAGGCCGACUGGACUUGGGAGCAAACCAUGCGUGCGACUAUUAAAGACCCGCAAUUCCGCGCACUCAAGGACCCGCGAGACCGCAAAGCAGCUUUCGAGAAAUAUGCGGUCGAUGUUCGCAUGCAGGAAAAGGACCGAGCGAAAGAACGAUUUGCCAAGCUCCGCGCAGAUUUCAACACCAUGCUGAAGCGCCACCCCGAAAUCAAGCACUACAGCCGUUGGAAGACUAUUCGCCCUAUCAUUGAGGGAGAGACCACUUUCAGGUCUACGAACGAGGAGGAAGAAAGACGCCAGCUCUUCGAUGAGUACAUUAUUUCUCUCAAAAAGGCUCACAUUGACCAAGAAGCUGUGAAGCGCAAGGCUGCUUUGGAUGAAUUGGCUGACAUUUUGGGCUCGCUUAACCUUGAGCCUUACACCCGCUGGGCUGAAGCCAAUGAAAUGAUUCAUGCGCACAACAAGUUCCAGAGCGAUGAGAAGUUCAAGUCUUUGACCAAAAGUGACGUAUUGACUGCCUUUGAAGACCAUAUCAAGACUUUGGAGCGGGCGUUCAAUGAUGCUCGCCAGCAACACAAGGCAGCCAGGGCCAGGAAGGAGCGAAAGAACCGUGAGCAAUUCGUCAUGCUUCUCAAAGAGCUCAAGUCCCAGGGUAAGAUCAAGGCGGGUUCUAAGUGGAUGAACAUCUGCCCUCUCAUCAAGGACGACCCUAGGUACCAUGGAAUCUUGGGCCAGCCUGGAUCUUCGCCUCUUGACUUGUUCUGGGAUAUGGUUGAAGAAGAGGAGCGUUCUCUACGUGGACCUCGCAACGAUGUCCUCGAUGUUCUUGAUGAUAAACGAUUCGAGGUCACCGCUGAAACUACAUUUGAUGAAUUCAACACUGUUAUCUCUAGCGACCGUCGUACUUCAAAGAUUGAUUCCGACAUUCUCAAGCUGCUCUUCGAACGUAUCCAAGACAAGGCAAUCCGGCGCAACGAGGAUGAGAAGCACGCUGCCGAUCGCCACCAGCGCCGUGCAGUGGACGCUCUCCGGUCACGCAUCAAGCGUCUAGAACCGCCCGUUCGAGCCACCGACACCUGGGCUGAGGUUCAACCUCGUCUCGAAAAAUAUGAUGAAUACAAGGACCUCGAAACGGAUGAACUCCGUGAGUCUGCAUUUGAAAAGGCAAUCCGCCGUAUGAAAGAAAGAGACGAAGAUGCGGAGAAGGAGCGUGAAAUCUACUCCCAGAGCCGUGGAGGCCGACGGGACUACGACCGCGGGGAUCGGGACUAUCGCAGCGGCCGCGGUGAACGCCGAGGGCAAAGCAGCCGAGUCAGCCGCACCCCCGAAACCGACGCUUACGAGGCCGACCGUCGCAAGGCGCAGGCAGACCGUGAACGUACAUACCGCAAGGUCAGUGGGAUCUCUCCAUCUCGGGACCGCCGCGAGGAGCGGUCAGACCGGGAUCGUUACCGUAGCCGAGACCGUGACUUCGAACGCGGACCCCGUUCUGCUAGAGACGGAGACCGUCGUGAAGACGAGCGUGAACGCCUGUACCGCACCCGGGGAGACCCUCGCGGAGGUCGUGACGAGCUUGAUUAUGGUGGUGGCGAUACUCGCAGCGUGGCUAGUGGGGACCGUCGUCGUCGUCGUGACAGUGAUGCCGAGAGUGUGGCUAGCCGCUCCGCGAAGCGGUACCGCCGCGAUAGCCGGGAGCUCGAGCGCAGCAAGGGCCAGGCUCCUCGACGUGAGCGAUCUGCCAUCCCGGAAGAAGCGGAGGAUUCCAAGAAGGACGAGAAAGCCAUCCAUUCUGGCAGCGAGGAAGGCGAGAUUGAAGAAGAAGAGUAA